AUGUCCGAUCCCUCCACACCUCAACCUCUAUUCGGCGGCGGUCUGCCACCAGCGGCAUCGACACCUGCGUCGGCGGCAGCAGGCCCGUCCACAUCCCUCGUGCCCUUCGCCACCAGUCGCACUCCAGCGAGUGCCUCGUCCGGCAACAAUACCUACGUCAUGCCCAGCUCCCCAAUGAAGAAAGCCGCAUCCGACGGGUACAGGCCCAAGGUGACCCGCACCCUGGGACAGCGUCCUGCAUGUCUCGUCAACGCCUCGGUCACGUACUGUGGGAACAACCAGAUCUAUGCCUUCGGCGGCUUCGACCAGUACACUGACGAAGUCUACAACCACGUUCUCCGGCUGGAUAUUGUCAGCCACCAAUGGAGUCUGGUGGAUAACUACGGUGACAUUCCCGGCGUGCGAAUGGGCCAUACCGCGACCUUGUACCAAGGCGACAAACUCCUUGUAUUCGGCGGCGAGAACGAGCAUAGGACGUAUCUUUCCGAUCUGAUCAUCUUCGACCUCAAGACUGCGCACUGGACCCAACCCCAGGUCACUGGUCCGAUCCCCAAAGGCCGCGCACGUCAUUCUGCGCUGUUACACGAAGACAAACUCUUCAUUAUCGGAGGAAUCACGGGCCACGAUAACUAUGUGCUGGACGAUAUAUGUUACAUUGACCUCAAAACCUUUACUUGGUCACGCGCCUGGCGUUUUGUCGGUCGGUUCGACCACUCGGCAUAUAUCUGGGGCGACAGGAUAUGGGUCUUUGGUGGUUUGAGUGAAGAUAUGGACAAGGUGAGUGACCUUUGGUGGCUCGACCUGAAAGGCAGCCCCGCCUUCGAGAGCGCGCCUCAGUUCGGGUCUUACGAGCGGCCUGGGAUGGGCAGCCGCGGCGAAAGCUCACCCAGGCCACCAUACACGAUGGGGCAGUCGCCGAUCGUCGGCGCGUCUGGCUACGCAGCCAACUCCCGGACCCAGCAGGUCAACACCCCGUCUUUCCAGAUCAAGACUUACGCGCCCAUGGCACCCGGCCUGAUACAUUCCCACAAGUUUAUAUCGGGCCCCAAUGUGCCUUCGCAGGGGCCAGGUAUUCACUUCCACGUCUACUCGUCCGGCAACCUGCUCGAUUUCGUCACACCAGCCGCCACGAUCACGUCCAAGGAAUGUGCGCUGUAUGCACUUGAGCUCGGCGAGCUCCGGUGGCAAAAAGUCGCCGAGGGCCGAGAGGUCUUCAAGUCUGGCUUUAGGUGGCAUUACUGCACGAUGAACGAAGACGGCACCAAAGCAUGGCUGCUUGGCUGCCCCACCGACGCUUCUGCCCUUGACGUGGCUGCGAACGGGUUCGAGGAGCAGCUGAGCGACAUAAUGGAGAUCGAUCUCCGCAGAUACGGCUUCCUGGGCAAUAACCUGACGCCACAGCCGCGGACUGAGCUUGCCGAGCCCAUGGGGAGGACGCGCCGCGUGGACACGCCAUCCAAGGGCUUGGGCGCAGAUCUUGCCAAGGCAUUCAACAAGCCCCCCGAGGCAGGAAGUGGGGCGGAUUUCAUUGUCACGGCGCUCUCGGGGGAUCCAAACGAGGAAGACCUGCUUGGUUCGGCCCUGAUCAGGGCGGCUGAUGUGGCCGACGGCGACCAGACGUGGCUGUCACCGGACUCGCCGACAUCACCAGCCAUCCACGUACACCGGCUCAUUUUAUAUCUUCGCUGGCCCCACUUUGCACGGCUGUGGGACUCUCACAUGGCCGAGUUCCACAACAAAAAGAUGCACAUCCCGGAGCCCUACACGGUGGUGAAGGCUUUCCUUUACUACCUCUACACAGACCGCAUCGACGCCACACCAGAGGACGAGGGCGUUGACGGUCCCAGCAGGGACCUUGCGGACAUUGCGGGCCUGCUUGUCAUGUCCAACAUCUACAACAUCCCGCACCUGCGGCUCCUGUGUGUGAACCGGCUGAGCCGUGAACUAGACGUCGACCAUGCCUGUAUCAUAUGGUACUGCGCGGGGCUCGCAGACGAGGAAUGGCUGCGCAAGCGGGCAGCUGGGUUCUGCCUGACACACUGGGGUCGCAUAGUGCGCACCACGGGUUUCCUGAGGCUCCCCCGAACGGCGAUUGUGGAGCUGUCGCAGGAGAUCGACACGGAGGGCCGGGUGAUUGGCGGGGAGGAGCUCGACAUGUUCGAAGGCGGGGGCUCGUACAUGGAGAGGAGGAAAGAAAGCAUGUCCAGCAACGUGACACAGUCGCUCGAGGCCGAGGAACCAGAGGACGACGAUGGCAUGGACAUGAACUAG